ACUUAAUAGUCAAAACUCAAAACGGGUGAGAUUUAUUGGGUGUUUUGUUUGCGUUUCGUUUUUAAUUUUUCUCUGAAUUCCGUAUAUGAACCCCCCACAAUUCCCAAGACCUAAUUCUCCGGUUUCCAGUUGCAGAGAUGGAAUCAUCGUCACCAUCAAAGCGCGGUAAGACCUAUUCGGAAGUGUUUUUUCCACUUCCUCCUCUUAAUCGAGAGUCUUCCAUCAUUAUGUAUGAGUUGAGGACAAUCUAUCGAUACAUGGAGGAGCAAUUCUCAUCAAUUAUCCGGGAACAAGCUCGACAAAAGGGUGCCAUAGUACCCCAAUAUGAGUGUGUUACUCUGUGUCUCUUGGAUAUUCCUGAUGACUAUGUUCCUCUGAGUCCCAUGUAUAGUCCUCAUUCCUCCGAACACUCAGCGAAGCCAUUUGACAAAACGGGAUGGAUGGGGAAAUGGAUGGUGUUCAAUUAUCCUUAUUCUCCUCCUGAUGAUCUACCACGGAUGAAAGCUCAAGAAGAAGCACCUCAACCUCCACCACCUCCUCCUCCUCCUUCUCGAGAGUUUUCCAUGAUUAUGGAUGAAUUGAGGAGAAUGCGUCGAUACAUGAAGGAGCAAUUCACAUCCAUAGUUCCUAAGAAACCCCAAUCUGAGCCAUCUCCUCCGAGUCCCGUGUAUUAUACUCCUUCCUCCAAACACUCUGAGAAAACGGGAUGGAUGGUGUCCGAUUGUCCUCCUCCCGAUGAUCCACCACUACCACAAGGCGGUGAUGAUGUUCAAGCCAAGAUGGAUCGGAUGAAAGCUUAUAAAAAAGCACCUCUACCUCCACCACCUCUUCCUCCUCCUUCUUCUCGAGAGUUUUCCAUGAUUCUGGAUGAGUUGAGGAGAAUGCAUCGAUACAUGGAGGGGAAAUUCACAUCCAUUCUCCGGGAACAAGCUCGACAAAGGGAUGCCAUAGUUCCUAAGAAACCCCAAUCUGAGCCAUCUGAUGAGUAUGCUCCUCUGAGUCCCGUGUAUUAUCCUCCUUCCUCCGAACACUCAGCGGAGCCAUCUGACAAAACGGGAUGGAUGGUGUCCGAUUGUCCUCCUCCUGAUGAUCGACCACUACCACAAGGUGGUGUUGAAGUUCAAGCUAAGAUGGAUCGGAUGAAAGCUCAAGAAGAAGCACUUCAACCUCCUCCUCCUCCUUCUCGAGAGUCUACCAUAAUUCUGGAUGAGUUGAGGAGAAUCCAUCGAUACAUGGAGGGGAAAUUCACAUCCAUUCUCCGGGAACAAGCUCGCCAAAGGGACUCCAAGUGGGAUGAUUGUGGUGUUGUGGACAAAGAGACACACAAGAGGAAAAACCAUCAUGAAGGUGAUGUCAUGGAAGAGACAUGCAAAAAGAAGGCCAAAUUUGUGGAAGGCUCAGAGGAGUUUGGCCAAUUCCCUGCUGAUGGGAAGAUGAUCAAUGAAGUGGGACACAUAGGUGCCAGUUUGCAGGAGGUUGGUGCUCGCCUUGUAUCCAUUGGUCGGACACAAGAGCUUGAAAAGGAACAACUUGCUGCUCGUGUAAAGGAAUUGGAAACUAAAGUGUCCGAGGCUUUUGGUCAAGGGUUCUAUCGAGCCGUGACCCAGGUUAAGGCUGUUUUUCCUGAAAUUGAUGUGGAUAAGCUGGAUGUGACCAAGGUGGUUUUAGAUGGGAAGCUUGUGGAUGAAGAUGCUACUGGUGAGAAGAAUGAUUGAAGUUCUUCAUUUGUAAUGGUUUGCUUUGUUUUUUCCGUAUGUUUGUAACGGUCGUCGUGCUUCCUCUGUUCGCUGAAGAACGAGGUCGCCAAUUUUGAAAAUUCGGGGAACGACUUUUUUUUAAGAAAAGUAUAGGUAGACAAUGAAAAUACUAAAAAAUGUGAACAAUGGAUAUAUUGGAUGUUCAUUUCACUAGGUGUACAGAUGGUUAUUCUAAUAUUAAAAUUUAGGUGGGUAAUUUAGAAGUGUAGUGUGUUUUGAUUUGAUUGGUGGUUGUUUAUAUUGUUCAAGAAAAUUAUUGGUUAUCUAGCGUUACCUUUUUUUAUUGUACUUACGUUGAAUCAGUUGUUGCAUUGCCUUUUGUCUUA